AUGCUUGGUGCUGUUCGCCGAUUUGGUGUCUCCCAGGCCCUGCGGGCUUCCGCCCCGCGCUCCCUGUCUGCUCGAUGGGCUCCCCAAUUGCUCAAGUGGCAGGCCCCGACCAGCCAGGCUCCUGUCCUGGCCAAAUUCCUUCACACCUCAUUCCCUGCGCUGAACGCCGCUUCUGCCCAGGUGACAGAGACUUUGGAGAAUGUGUCACAAGAGCCUGAAUUCAUCACUGAGUUUGCGGAUCUCAAGACCAAGGGAUUGAUUGAUGCCUCGAUUAUUCGCAACAUCACUCAUCCUGGCCGCAUGGCCUUGACGACCAUGACCGAGGUGCAGAGCCAGACUAUCAACCAGAUGCUUGGUGGUGUUGAUGUUCUUGCCCAGGCUAAGACCGGAACAGGCAAAACCCUCGCCUUCCUCAUCCCUACCAUGCAAAACAUCCUUAGCGACCCUACUCUCAAGCGAGCCCAACCUCAGGGCCGCCACCGCUCCACUGGCGCUGGCUCGUCUGACAUUCGGGCUCUGAUCAUUUCUCCCACCCGUGAGCUUGCUGAACAGAUCGCCGCCGAGGCCAUCAAGGUUGCGCAAGGCACUGGUCUCGUUGUCCAGACUGCCGUCGGUGGCACGCACAAGAGAUCCGGUUUGAUGCGCAUCCAGCGUGAUGGUUGCCAUCUGCUGGUCGGCACUCCUGGCCGCAUCAAGGAUAUCCUCUCAGACCCCUCCAGCGGUGUCUCGGCUCCCAAGCUGAACACUCUGAUCCUGGAUGAAGCCGAUCGUCUCCUAGAUCAGGGCUUUUCGCAAGAGAUCAAUGAAAUCAAGAAUCUCCUUCCUGACCCGUUCAAGGUUGAUCGUCAGACCCUCAUGCUUUCCGCCACCGUUCCCAAGGAAGUAAUGACCAUGGUCAAGCGCACUAUGAAGCCGGACUUCAAGUUCAUCAGGACUGUGCGUGAUGACGAGGUCCCUACCCACGUCCGAGUGCCCCAGAAGACCGUCUUCCUGCAAGGAUAUGAGAACGCUCUGCCAACCGUCCUCGAGCUGGCCAAGACCUACCAGGCUCGUCAAGCAGAGGACCAGAACUUGCGCCCCUUCAAGGCCAUUGUCUACUUCAACUCGACUAACGAGGUUAACCUUGCUGCUGAGGCUUUCAUGGCCCUCCGCGGCAUCCCUGGCGAUGGACGGAGCCGGUCUCCCCUUGGCCGCAUGCGUGUGCACCAGAUCCACUCGCGUCUGACGCAGGCUGCGCGUACCAACAGUGCCAACAACUUCCGUCGUGCUGAGGAGGCCAUCCUCUUCUCGUCGGAUGUCACUGCCCGUGGUAUGGACUUCCCCGAGGUCACUCACGUCAUCCAGGUGGGACCUCCUCGUGAUCGCGAGACUUACAUUCACCGUAUUGGCCGUACUGGUCGUGCUGGCAAGGAGGGCGAGGGUUACCUGCUCCUGCACGACGGUGAAUACGAGUUCUACCAAGAUAAGCUGGGUGACCUGCCCCUCACUGAGGACAACACCCUCUCCACUGCCUCGCUGAACAUGGCUCGGGAUCUGGAGACAGCCUCACCGGCGGCGGCUGAGACCAUCGAGCAAAUCAAGGAGGCGAUGAACGAGGUUUCUCCCAUCAUGAAGGAGAGCACCUACCGCUCCCAGCUGGGAACAAUGUCUCAGAGCUUCACCAAGAAACGCAAUGCCAUUCUGGCCCUCAACAACCUGGCCAUUCACGGCUACGGUCUGGCCGAGCCCCCAGCUGUCAAAGCUAGCAUUGCCCGCAACCUUGGCCUUGAUCGCAUCAAGGAGUUGAAGCUUGAGGAGGGUGGCUCCUUUGGCCGCCGCGCCAUUGAUCCCUUUGACUCUGGACGCCGUGGCCGCAGCUUCGACGACUCUCCCUUUGGAGGCCGUCGAUCAUCUAACCGUGGCCGAUCCAGCCACGGUCGAUCUGGCCAUUUCGGCGAGUCUCGCGAGUCUCGUCGUGACUCGCCAAACCGCUACGGCGAUGCCGUGUUUGGUGCUCGCCCCCGCUAUUGA